UCUUCCAAACACCGUUAGCACCGUCACUGCUAAGCUAAGCUAAGCUACUCCAGGCUCUGCAGACUCCUCUUCCAGACACCUUUAGCACCGCACGAUGGCUGUCCCUCCUUCAUACUCAGACCUGGGCAAGUCUGCCAAGGAUAUAUUCAGCAAGGGCUACGGCUUUGGAGUCGUGAAGCUGGACCUAAAGACCAAAUCACAAAGUGGAGUGAUGGAGUUCAACACAUCUGGCUCCAGUAACACAGACACAGGGAAGGCUGCAGGGAGCCUGGAGACCAAAUACAAGAUGAAGGAGCUGGGCCUGAGCUUCAACCAGAAGUGGAACACAGAUAACACGCUGGCUACGGAGGUCACUGUGGAGGACCAGCUGACUCAAGGACUGAAGGUGGCCUUGGAUACGUCUUUUGUACCAAACACAGGUAAGAAGAGCGGAAAGCUGAAGACGGCCUACAAGCGUGACUUUGUGAACCUGGGCUGCGACGUAGACUUCGAGGGUCCCAUCAUCCAUGCCGCUGCUGUGUUGGGCUACGAGGGCUGGCUGGCCGGCUACCAGAUGGCCUUCGACACGGCCAAGUCCAAACUGGCCCAGAGCAACUUCGCCCUCGGAUACAGGGCCGGGGACUUUCAGCUGCACACCAACGUUAACGACGGGACCGAGUUCGGCGGCUCCAUCUACCAGAAGGUGAACGAGGAGCUGGAGACGGCGGUCACUCUGGCCUGGACCGCCGGCAGUAACAACACUCGCUUCGGCAUCGCUGCCAAAUACAAGCUGGACAAAGACGCCUCUCUGUCUGCCAAAGUCAACAAUGCCAGUCUGAUCGGAGUCGGCUACACCCAGAGCCUUCGGCCAGGUGUGAAGGUCACCCUCUCAGCUCUGAUCGACGGGAAGAACUUCAACGCUGGCGGACACAAAGUCGGGAUGGGCUUCGAGCUGGAGGCAUAAAGUGGAGAACAAAGAAG